AUGAUCGAUAGGAACACCAAGGAGAUCCGUCAAGACGAAGACAAGACAGUGUACACGAGCCUCGAGGAGAUCGGCGAUGACUUGCCCGACCACUCCCCGCGCUUCAUCCUGCUGAGCUACCCAUUGACAUUGCCGUCCGGGCGCAUGUCUGUCCCUUACGUCAUGCUCUACUACCUCCCCAUCACCUGCAACAGCGAGCUCCGCAUGCUCUACGCCGGCGCGAAGGAGCUGAUGAGGAACACGAGUGAGGUUGGCAAGGUGAUUGAUCUCGAAUCAACAGACGACUUGGAAGAGAUACCCCAGAAGCUAGGCGCGGAGUAA